AAGUAACAUUAUUCAUUUCUGCUGUGUGUCUGAGUGACAGAAGGAAAGUGGGGGUUAGAGAAGCGUGCUUGUCCGUUUCCUGCUUUGAGCUGGUUUGCGCUCAGAACAGAGAAGAGAAACUUCCUUGACUGUAAAGUCGCGAGGGCGACGGGUUUUUUUUAUUUAUUUUUAUUUUAUUAUCAUUUUAAAGGCGAAUAAGAAUUCAUUUGAAAAUAAAAGCGGCGCGUUCUGGUAAAGGAUUAUGAGCCGAGGAUCUAAGAGUAAAACGGAGAGCAUCCCAAGCUGUUUGUUGAGUCAGCAGGAGAAUGACAGACUGGAGGAGCUGCUGGGCAGAAGGUGUGCUUCCAUGGCCACUGCAGUGGCUCAGCUGUUCAUGGCUGUGCCUCACAGUCCAACCAUGUGGAACCUGCAGCACACAGGAGUGGUCUGCUUCGUCAAAGACAACCCUCAGCGCUCCUACUUCAUUCGCAUGUUUGAUCUAAAGUCAGACAGACUGGUCUGGGAGCAGGAGCUCUACGACCAGAUUGUUUACGCCGCACCUCUGUUGUACUUCCAUUCCUUUGCUGCAGAUGACUGUCAGGUGGGACUGAACUUCACGGACCAACAAGAGGCAGAGCUCUUCUUUAAGGCCGUCACAGAGAAAAUCAACCAAAGAAACGUGCGACAAGAGAAGAAACACCGCCCUCCGCCACCAAGUGACAGAGGGUCCCUGCCUCCGCUUCCACCUGAAAAAGCAUCACCCAGCAGCCCCGGCACUUUUCACAUGGCCACCGUGGACAUCCAAAACCCAGACAUCCAGUCGUCCCGCUACCGGUCCAUGCCUUCGCCUGCCGUUUCCUCAGCUGCCUCCAGCAAAGAAAAGAAGAGCAAGAAGAGCAAAAAAAAGGGCCCCAAGUUCUCCAAAGCAGAUAUAGGAGCACCUUGUGGAUUUAAGCACGUAUCGCAUGUAGGAUGGGACCCCAACAACCUGGACCCUGACUUGCACAAACUGCUGUCCCAAGCAGGYGUGGCUGAAUCGGACCUCAGGGAUGAAGAGACCUCUCAGAUGAUCUAUAACGCCAUAGAGGCUCAUGGAGGCAUGGAGGCGGUCAGACGGGAGGCCAAACAAGUUGGCGGGCCCCCACCUCCUCCACCUGGUAGACAUGGGCCGCUGCCUCCUGUGCCGGGCUCCAGUCCCUCCGCUCCAACCCCUCCGCCUCCACGGAGYCGCUCGGGCCCCCUGCCUCCCAUCCCGGGCCAAAACCAACGAAGCGCCCCGCCUCCCCAGCCGCCUCCGUCCCGCGGAGGUUUGCCUCCUCCUCCUCCUCCUUCAACGGGCCGAGCCGGCGUGCCUCCUCCUCCGCCACCGUCCCACUCUGCACCUCCUCCGAUGGCGCCGCCCUCAAGGACCCCGAUGGCCUCCAGCAUGCCUCCUCCCCCGCCACCAUCAGGCCAGCAUCGCACCAUGGGCGUCCCUCCGCCCCCCCUUCCAUCCGCACCCAGCAGAGGAGGUGGUGGAGGAGGAGGGGGGCCGCCGCCCCCACCUCCCCCUCCUCCCCCUCCACCUGCUCAAACUUCUAUACCCUCAGAUUUCCCACCUCCUCCUUCCCUGUCCCGUGGUCCCCCACCACCACAGCCUCCAUCCGGAGGAGGAGGAGGAGGAGGAGACAGCAGGGGGGCUCUGCUCGAUCAGAUCCGACUCGGGAAGAGUCUCAGAAAAGUAACAGAGAGCGCUGAACCUCUUCCAUCUCCAACAACAGAAGGAGGAGAAGGCAUCGUGGGCGCUCUCAUGAUGGUCAUGCAGAAGAGGAGUAAAGUCAUCCAUUCCUCUGGUGAAAGUGAAGAUGACGGUGGAGAUGAAGAUGACGACGACGAUGAAUGGGAUGACUGAUGAGGCAGUUGUGGUUAUUCUGAAGUUUGAAACUGUUACACCCGGCAGUGUUUUGUAAAAGGGGCGGACUUUGCAGACUGGGGUACAACUUGUAUUUAUGGGAAACUGUGACGAUUUUAGACAAAUAAAAGAAUAAAGAGGUUGAAAAACAAGAGUGCAA